AUGGCGCCUGAAAUUCUGGUUCCAUCUCAACGACUAAAAUCAGCAACAUUUGACGAUCUCAAGAAAGUAGAUAUAUGGGCUUUUGGUAUGGUCAUGUACAACUUACUUCAUCCUAACCUGAAGUACCCGUACCAGUUGGAAGUGAAAGCCAGAGAGAUUACAAUACCAGAGCUUUUAGCUGAAAAAAAACUGCCAAGACCAUCAACAAAGUACGAAGAUUUUCAAAAUACUGUUUGGAGAUCAAGUUCUUUGGCAAGCGCUACAUGUCUUCAGUUCGAUCCAUCAUUACGUCCAUCUGUUACAACGAUUAAGGACACAUUCCAGUCAUUAAUAGUGGCCGGAUCAACCCAGAGUAUAAAUCAAGGAAGUAAUCAUAAUGAAACAGCAAUUGAAAAAAGGAAGCAAGAGACUGUUGUCAACACGAGGUAGGCCCUAUUUUUAAUUAAACUGUUCGAUAUGCACGAUAUAUAAAAGUAUGCACCUGCCAGGUCCCUAAUUCCCGUAUUUAUAUUAACGAUCUUCGUAAAUAGAUUCUGCUCGCAAACGAUCGCGACGUGACGAUAUAAUUUCUCAUCCGAUACGAUUCAACCCUGACACAUACGAUGGUAACAGAGAUGGUAUACAUCGCCGAUGAAUUAUGACAAAUGAAAAUCAGAUUCUGUGAAUCUUCACCGAAAAAGCCUUAUAUUGUUUCUUCAUGGAUAGAUCCCUAGCCCAUUUUCAUAUACUCAUAUAAUUUUUGUAUAUAAUGUAUUGAAAAUAUGGGCAAAUCAAUACACAAAUCCGUUUAUUUACUUUAGUGUAAAAUUAGUAAGAGAACAAAUUAGUGAGGCGAAUGCAAAUGAUAAACCCACUUCAUCAUCUUCAACAGCCAGCAUAGAGAGGUAAUCUAAUCAGAAUGUUUUGCAGUUAAAAUAAUAUUUAACAACCAGUAAUACUUUAACUGAUUCCUAGGCUUUUUUAAAUUUAUAGACAAUCAGAAUUAACGAAGAAUCGUGUUCAAGUUGUCGAUCUUACAGGAAAUGAAAAGAGAAUAUCCAAAACAAGAUUAUCACCUGAAGCAAUAAAAAGGCAUGCACGGUGAAAUUAAUCCAGUAUAGAAGCUCUAAAGGCUGUUAUCCACUCUUUGCAAAAACCAACUCUGGCGCAAGGUCGAUGCCUGUACGUUUGUCCAAUCACAAUCGCAUCAGUUUGUUUUAUUUACUAGAUGCAAGCACUCACAGCGAGCUUGCGAGUGGGGUUUGCAAUGAGUGGAAGAGCCUUACGCCUGUCGGCGGUAACGCCAUCACGCUAAUCCAACUAUUCGUUAAAUUUAAAUAGUUUUUAGUGACCCCCCCCCUCCCCGAAAAAAAUGAAACAAACAAAAUGUUUAUUGUUUAUCAUGCUUCAUACCAGAUUAUAUCCAACAGCUAGGGGAAAACUAAUCUAUAUGUAUAACUUAAUUGUUUCCCCCGCCAGCAAAAUUUAUUUCUGUCCCCCCCCCAAAAAAAAAUUGCUGGCUCCACCGUUGUUGUUUUUAUGAAUUUAGACACAUUGGGUCAGCUUCAGUAGGAUGUGCUGAAAACAUCAGUGUAACACAAUCGUCGUCGGGAGUAACCAAAAGGUAUAUAUAUCCCAGCAGAACUAUACUGACAAAGUUACCAAAAGCUGCCAUUGUCAUGUAUUAUUAAUUGAAAUUGCGAUUAUAAGAUAUAAACAAAAACAGAGUUAAGUGGACAGAUGCAAACAAAUUUAAAUAUAAAAAUAUACUAAUAGCUAAUUAAUCAGUAAAACUAAAAACUUAAUUAUUAAUAUUUGUAGUCUGAAGUUGAAAACCCUUGAUCCUCCCACAGCGAUUAACACAACUGAUCAAAAAGACGAACUUGAAAGGUAAAAAUAGAAUGAACGACCAGACAUGAAAACAAUUCCAAUAAAUUGUUCCAUAUAGUUAUUUGGGGUGCUUGACAUUUUAGGUUUUCUUUAUCUCAACUAGAUGAAAAAUCCCUACGGAAAAUCUAAAGUAUAGCAUAUUGUGUGCUCAUAUCUGUAUGUAGUUUUAAAAGUAGUUCUGUUAUACUUGUGACUGAAGCUAAAUUAUUUUUAUUACUUUGUAAAGGCACACGCAACGGCAACUUCAUGAACAAGAUCCUUUACCAAUUGACCUGACAGGGUAUAACGAUAACAUGGAUUUAUCAAAUGAUGACGUUCUCUCAGAAUCACCCAGUUUAUCACUUGAAAUAGUGGAAGAGAAAUAUGGCAAAGAAUCAAACUUUAUAAUGAGGUAAAGUUAUUACACUAAUAACCAGAAACUAGAAAGUUUAAAUAUAUCUGAAAUUAUCUAGAACGAGUGUUUAGAAUAUCAAAAUAUUGUCUUACAGUUCUAUUGAAAAACGUCCAGAAGACGUGGAAUACUACAAAGAAAAUCUUCUACUCCCUGUGUUUUCCGACGAAAAGUACGUGCCGCCUCCUCAGGAAGUCGUUGAUUUGCUAUUUGGUGUCGGGAAGCUGGUACCGAGUCUACUUGUUUGUAACCAUCAGCUUGUUGACGUAGAGCACAACCGCUUGUUCUUAGUAGAUUUAAAUGCUUUAAAAUCAAAAUAUGAUAUCAAAUGCGACGAAUCUGGUUGCUGGAUUAAUAACAGCUGCAACAAGUUCAAGUUUGUUAAAUACGAAGAUAAAUGGACACAAUGUGAUCAUGGGGGUUCUGGACGUUAAGAAAUUACGCUGAAGCGAACGUACUUUCGCUUAAAAAGCGAUGAGAGUGGUGACUUUAGACGGCGAAUUGAUUUGAUUGAACGUAUGUAUAUUGACACGCUUUUCAGUUUAAUAGUUUUUAAUACUAAAAUUUUUUUUAAUAAGUCUACGAGUAAAAUUAUUGAACUAUUUCUUGUAAAAGAUCUACCCUGAGCACCAUAAAGUUACUAUUCUGGUGGACUGUACAUUCAUUGCGAGGCUAAGUACGAAAGUUGCAAGCCCCACUUGCCAUCCUCGCGGUUCUGACAUCUUUGUUAGAGCCGAAGGCGUGCCUAGACACAAAGUUAAGAUUACCAAGGUCUCUUUUCACAAUUUUUGGUUCUGUUUUAUUUAUAGUGAGCACUGGUGAAAUUCACAGAUUUUGCUUUGUUCAGUAUUCGUUUAAAGGAGAUACUGAACAUCCUGUUAUACCACGUCGUCAUAAGAAUUCAAAACAAUCCUCGCAGCCAUACGUACGAACGUGGGAAAGCACAAAAUUGUUGCUAAAGAAUGCCCCCGAAACAAUGACCCCUCGCGAUGUAGUAUAUACGACCGUGGCAGAUGAAAUUGGAGGAAUUUCAAAAUGUUCAAGCUCUGGUAAAUUGCCAAGAGGCCGACAGCAAGUGAAGGAUUUUUCACGAUACGCAAAACAACAGAGAACGCACAACACUGCUGGCCAAAUAAAAGACGAUGAUCCAUGGCUUCGGCUGCUCGGUGAGGGUAAAAAGCAAGCUUCGUCAAGAAACACUGCUUUCAUUCGUGACGUGCGAGUUGCACCAGAACCUUUAUGCGUAAUGGCGACCGACAGACAAAUUAAUGACCUAAAGCGGUUUUGCUGCCAGCCAACUGAGUAUAAGCCUUUUACAGUCGACCCAACCUUUAAUAUUGGCGAGUAUAAUGUGACUCCAGUCACUUACCAGCAUCUAAUAUUGGAAAACAUAAGGGAUAGAAAACAUCCGUCAUUCAUUGGACCAGUAGUGAUCCACGAGAAAAAAACGAAAGAUACUUACGCUGCAUUCAGUGGUACACUGAGGAAUUUAGAGCCUGAAUUACGCGACGUACUUGCUUUCGGCACAGAUGACGAGGAAGCUUUACACGAGGGGUUUAAAAUCAAUUUCGAUCGUUCUACCAAUCUUUUAUGCGAAAUACAUUUAAAAAAAAACAUUGAAAAGAAGUUGGUCGAACUGGGGAUAACUGGAAAGAAAAAAGCUGAUAUUGUUGCUGACGUUUUUGGACAACAAAUUGGAACCAUCUAUGAGAGUGGCUUAAUUGAUGCGAAUGACGAGAAGAGUUUCGAUGCGAUGUUGGAAAGUUUAAAGGAACGAUGGUCGAAUUUUGAUGAGAAGGGAGGACAAUUUUAUGAAUGGUUUUGCAAACAAAAACGUUCGUCUUUCUUACAGUCUGCCAUAGCUCCAGUUCGUCAAAGAGCGGGUUUAGGAUUCCCGCCCGAAAAGUUCACGACAAAUCGUUCUGAACAAACUAACAGGUCCAUCCAAGAAUUUGUCAAAAAGGAAUGCAAUGUAAUGAAGAAAGUUGACGAGUUUUCCUUCUGUGUGGCAUUAAAUAAGCUGGUAAAGAUGCAACAGCAAGAAAUACAGAUGGCGAUCGUAGGAAAAGGGGAAUACAGGAUCAGAGAUAAAUUUCAAGAGCUAAAUGUACCACCGGAAAAGUGGAAUAAGAUGAACGAGAAGCAAAAAGAGAUCGCAGUGGAGAAGAUUCAUUCUAUCACAAUUAAAGAAAGUGUAUCAAACAUAAGUGUGAUUAAUAAAACUGUCAAUGAUGGAGAGAAUCCCCUUUGUGCGGAAAUGGUUGACGCAGGUAUCGACUGGAUUCCCAGGACUAUCCUCAUCGCAUUAGUUGAGAAGGCCACUAAAUUAUCGAAAACACCAGGAGCUUUAGUUCAACAGUCUCUGGAUACUAUUGUCGUUGCAUCGAAUUCAGACCCAAGAACGCCGCAUAUUGUCAAUUUUUUUGCCAAUGGUAGAUCUGAAUGUAACAAUUGCCCAGGUUUCACAUCUCAAUCGGUAUGUGCUCAUGUCGUUGCAGCAUGUAUUAAGACGGACAGAACAAAGCAAUUUCUACGAUGA